GGGUGGCGGGGAGGGCGGGGGGUUUCUGUCCCCGGGUCUUUGACCCAGGCCUCCCGCUCCUCGCCCGGUGCUGGGCCGAGAUAGCCACCGCUACCCCACAGCGUGAGGGGCCCCGCGCAGCGGACGGAGCUUCGGGCUGUGCUGUGGUAGUGGCAGGGCUUGUCGCAGCCCUUCAUCCAGUGCUUGUCUCCUCCUCUCCAGCUCCUUACCCAGGAUAUUGGUAUUAACCUGACAGAUCCUAUGUUCAGAGGAGUCUACAGGGGAACACAGAAGCAUCAAGAUGACCUUCUGGAUGUAAUAGAGAGAGCAGUCAAAGUUGGCGUUAAAAAGUUUUUGAUUACAGGUGGGAGUCUAGAAGAUAGUAAAGAUGCAUUGCAGCUGGCACAGACAAAUGACAUGUUUUUCAGUACAGUUGGCUGUCACCCUACUCGCUGUGGAGAAUUUGAGCAGAAUAGCCCUGAACAGUAUUUAUCUGAAUUAAAAAAUCUGAUUGAAAAAAAUAGGACAAAGGUAGUAGCAGUUGGAGAAUGUGGCUUAGAUUUCGAUAGAUUAGAAUUUUGCCCAAAGGACAUCCAACUCAAGUAUUUUGAAAAACAAUUUGAUUUGUCAGAACAGAUGCAGUUGCCCAUGUUUCUGCACUGUAGAAACUCACAUGCUGAAUUUUUAGACAUAAUGCGAAGAAACAGAGAUAGAGUUCUAGGAGGGGUGGUACAUUCUUUUGAUGGCACAAAGGAACAAGCAGCAGCUCUAAUAGAUUUGGAUCUUUAUAUUGGAAUAAAUGGCUGUUCACUGAAAACAGAAGCCAACUUGGAAACACUGAAAUCAAUUCCUAGUGAACGAUUAAUGAUAGAGACUGAUGCACCUUGGUGUGGAGUGAAAAAUACUCAUGCUGGAUCAAAAUAUGUUAAAACUACAUUUCCUACAAAAAAGAAAUGGGAAAAAGGGCACUGCUUGAAGGACAGAAAUGAACCCUGCCAUAUAAUCUACUCUGGAUAUUCAAUGCUCCCUGAAAGUGAAACCAGUACCAUUUUUAUUUUUUCACUUGAUGCACUGCAGAAGAGAUUAAACCCUCUGAAGCAAGCUGGCUUGAAUAUUCAUUUCACUCACUUGUUGUUCAGUCAAAUACUGGAAAUAAUGGCAGCAGUAAGAGAAGAUGACCCAGUUGAGUUGGCCAAUACUCUAUAUAACAACACCAUUAAAGUCUUCUUUCCAAAUAUGUAA